AUGUCUGAUCCUUCUGGAGUACUUCCGGAACCUGUAUCAUUGACUUCUGGUACUGGAAUACGCGUGGACCAGCUCAGACGCCGAACAUGCUUCAUAUGCCAGCAGGAAGAGACAUUCGACGCUGACAGCAAUCCAUCUAACGCCUGGGUUCAUCCAUGUCGAUGCACGCUGCUAGCACAUCGCACUUGCCUCGUGAACUGGAUCAACGCCGUACACCUCCCCAAAGCGCCAGACCCGUACAAGAUGGAAGUGCGGUGUCCGCAAUGCAACGAAGUCUACACCUUUGCGGUCAAUGAUAGCACACCUUCGCGGUUGCUCAAGGUCUUCGACCUGGGCAACAAGAUCGUCGAGGGCGCUGUGCAGAUUGGCAUGAGAGCCCUGGUUAUUGGGGCCAUAUUGUCCUUUGGACGAUCAAUAUACACCGUAUUCAUCGCCUAUGGCGCCGCCUCAAUCCGCCUCUACAUCGGCGAAGAAAUGUACCAAAUCCUCCUCUCCGACGACACCCUCGUCUGGCCCUGGGAGGCCUUCAUCCGCCUCCCCUGGAUCCCCCUCAACGCCCUCCUCGGCUCCUACCUCUCUAUCGCCAACAUCCUCUGGGACCCCCUUCCCGCAUUCCUCAUCUGGCCCGCGUCCACCGCGGCUGCCCAUCGUACUGUACGGCGCACGCUCCUCUCGCUCGGCCGAUCCGACGCCUUCCCCCGCGGCGUCACCGCGGCAUGGCCACCGUCACCGGCUUUUGUGCAUUUCCUGGGUAUACCCGGCGCGAGGUUCACGUACUCGCUCGUGCGCGGGCGGAUGAUACGAAGAAUCGCAGGCCUGCCGCAGCGGGAAAGCACGGCUGAGAACACCCUGCGGCAGCUCGUCGAGGACUCGGACUCGGAGGACUCGGACGGAGAGGAGGGCGACGAAGGCGACGAGGUAGACGAAGCGGUCGCCCUACAACGCCACCUGAGCCGCCCCGGCUGGCUUGCGCGCGCGGGCCACUCCCUCCUCACGCCGUUCUACGCGAACGGAAUGGGGUGGGUGCUCGGCGAGGCCGCACGGCAUGCGCAGUGGCUGAAGACGGCGCUGGCGAUCCGGCCGGCGCUGGACCCGCUGGCGGUGGUGCCGGCGCCAGUGCUCACGCCUCUAGAUUUUUGGAAGACGGGGGCGAUGAGGGGGGAGGAUGUGAGCUCGAUCACGGCGUUCUUCCGCGCGUUCUGGGGCGGGACGGGGCUGUGGGCGAGUACGGACCCGGUGUGGUUCCGCAAUAUCCUCGGGCUGGGUAUUUUCAUGGUGGCCAAGGAUGCUCUGUAUGCCCUGCACCUACGAUACGCGCUCAGAGAACUCCGGUCGCGCAAGAUCAUCAGCCGCGAUUUCGGGAACGUAGACAGGAGUACGCUGGACUUGAUACCCCGAGAUGUAGCCAGUUGA